GAAAAAAACAAAUUUACUUUCCUCCAAAAAAUGAAGAAAUCAAGUAUUUUUGUAGCUUCCAUAACUGCAGUUGCUAUUUCUUCUUCGAAUUCUUCAUCCAAAGUUCGAAUUUCUCAUCAUCAGGAUGAAAGUUCGUCGAAGAAGAAGAAGAUGGAGGAAGAAAAUUCAUCGAAGAAAAUGGGAGAAUCAAAAUCUUCUUCAGAUAAAUUUGCACCAAAUUUUGAUGGAUUGAGAUUUAUUGAAACUUUGGUUACAGCUCACAGAUAAGUUUACAAGAGGGAAACAAAUAAUUUUUGACAGAUUUAUUAGGGAAAAUAUUAUCUGAGGAAAAUGGAAUAUAUGAAGGUGAAUUGUUGUUUAAUUAGCCAAUUUGAUGACUAUUUUUUUUUUAAUUUGGUACUAUGAAUGAAGAGAUUGAAGGAACAAAGAGGGAUUUUGCUUUCUUAUGUGUUGUAUGAAAGUGAUUGGUGGGAGAUUAGUAAUUUUUUCCUUUUAAAAAAAAUAAAAAAUUUUUGAUUUAA